AGUCUUGUUUUAAGAAACAAAAACAGUGCGAAUCAGAAGAAGAAAGAAAAAGAAGAAAGAAGAAGCAAUUUCCCAUCCAUGUAAAGGAACGCGAGAAGGCCCAAAGCUUUACUACUUGGAAUCGAGCAUUCUGCUGCUCCUCUCAAUCUUGCAUCUCUCAUGGAUUCCCUCUCCAAUCUCUUCCUCCAAUUCUGACCUAAUUAGGAUCGCCAAAAUCUUAGCUUUCCUCUGAGCCGACAAGAAGACCACUCCCGAUGAGAAGUGGAGCGUCAAAGUCUCCACCUUUGAGCUCCAAUCCCGAUCCCUCGCCAUGCCUUUCUUCUUCUUCCAAUCACUCCCCUGCCUCCGACGACUCCUCUAGCCGCUGCGAGGGCCUCGACCUGCUGGUGCUCGCUGUGAUCGAAAUCUUUGGGGACAGAGUUUUCGAGAAGGAGCGCAUUGGGAGGAGCGGAGGCGGCGAGGCGGCGGCGAAGAACGGGAGAAACGAGGCGAGGGAGGAAGAGUUUGCAGGCGGAUUGAAGCGGAAAGGGAAUAGAAGGGAAUCGACAAUGCCUUCUAGGUUCAAGGAUUCUGUGUUGCAGCCAUGGAAGCGGAGCACCCGCCGGCGACUGAGCGCCGGCAAGCGAUUGGAUUCGGGGCUUUUGGCACCAAGAAGCAUGUUGAUACGAGUGCAUAGGAAAAUCCAAAUGGGAGCUUUGUUGUUUGCGUCACUGGCUUGUUGACCUUUUCUAUCUCACAUCGACGGGAGCUUCGUGUAAUUGACUGCUCUUAUCACUUGGCUGCUCUUAUUACUUGGUGUAUCGAUGAAUGUUGCUUAGCAAUUGAGUUGUCAGAAUUUUUGUUUCUUGCUACCUUUCUUACCAUGCUCAAAUC